AUGUUAUACCAGCUACCAGAUGACGCUCCUUCUCCACGAGUUUGUGUAAUUGUGAAAAAUAAUCCUGAACAAGAAUAUGGUUACAACUUGCACGCUGAAAAAGGAAAACCACAAUUUAUCGGUACUGUAGAUUCAGGUAGCCCUGCUGAUUGUGGCGGACUACAACCAGGAGAUAGAAUUUUUGCUGUCAACGGUCAUAGUAUCGUUGGACUAAAUCAUAGACAAGUGGUUCAAAGAAUUAAAGAAAAUCCUUUGCAAUGCGAACUUCUUGUGAUAUCAGAAGAAGGCGCAGAAUGGUAUGAGAAACACAACAUCCCUAUAACACUCUCGUUACCGAAUAUUAUAUGGAUAUCUCAAAAUAAAAAGGUUAGUGAUUUAGUAUUAUUGUUACUGAUGGAGAAAUCUAUUAUUUUUGAAGUUAUUUUAACAUCUUUCUGCUUCGGACUGGCUGAUCAAAUAAUUCAAGCCAACAUCUUUCAGCGCAAACAUGAUCCAACAGAGGAAUUUGGAUUUAAUUUACAUGCUGAGAAGAACCGAGGUCAUUUUGUUGGAGCUGUUGAUAAAGAUGGCAUUGGUGAACGAGCAGGUUUACAAAUGGGGCAGCGAAUUGUCGGUGUUAACGGUCAACUUAUCUAUCCGUGCACGGCGCACAAGGCAAUAGAUUUUUUUGAACAGCUAUUUUGCUCAGACCAAUGCACUUCAAUUUUUUGCAGUCUUGUUUUUUACCAAUUGCUUGAGAUGAUAUUACAGGAGGUUGUUUCCUUAAUUAAGAAAAAUCCAUUGCGUACGGAAUUAUUGGUUGUAUCAGAAGAUGUUGAUCAGUGGUACAAUGAGAAUCAUAUGGAAUAUUCAUUUGAUCGAGUUGAUUUCCAUAAUUUCGAGAGUAGCUCGUCCCCAACGAAUGAAUUAACGAAGAUUCAUGAACAACAGUCAGCUCAUUCCAAUACCGUAGAACAGCAAAGUCUAGAAGCUUUGGAAGACAGUUAUCGAGAUUUAUUGGAUACAGUGAGUGAAACUGACAAGAAUAUAGAGAAAACGGCAGGGGAUGGGAGAUAUGGAUUGCAAGGAGACUGUGAAUCUUCGGAUGAUAUUCAAUCAGAAUCUGCAAAUAAUGGCAACAUGCUAAAUAAAAAGAAUGCUUACUCGAAUUCAGCAAAGGUUAUGGCUUCAGUUGCUCCCUUAAAACAAGAAGCAAAUAAUUUCGAUACUAAAAUGCUUGAAGGGAACGAUGUGAUGGAUAAAAGCGGAGUGCCUGAUAUAUUCAAGCUUAGUGCUGGUGAAGCUCGCAGUCGGUUAGUAAAUCGUAAAAAAGAUCCUAGGCGUGAUAGCCAGAUGAGCUUGAAAGAAAAAUAUCAACUAGUUUCCAAUAUGUAA